GGCUCGAACUCCUCUGAUAUGUCUUCCAACUCCAACAACAUGGCCAGCAGUCCGCCUCGGGCCCCGGACAGGAGACGCUCCAGUGGCCAAAACUCCUCCUUGUUCGAGGGUCUGACCAGCCAGAAGCGGAACUCCGACCCCAACUUUGCAUCACGCCGUGAUAGCUAUACCGAGCAGGCCCAGACAGGUGGGAUGUUUGCCCGGUGGUGGGAUGGAUACACCCGGGGCUCUAACCAGGGAAAGUAAACCACGGGAGGUAUAUUUUCGGUAGUAGUCUUGAUCUUCUGUAUCUGUUGUCACGUUUGUUUUCUGUUUAUGACCUGAGAUAGCAUGGGGCGAGAGAAAAAGAAACUUCUCAAAUGUCCUCGUUGCGUGUAUGGGAGCACGAUAUGUUGACGGGCUGGGGCCAUAAUAUUGUGUCAAAUAUGCAUCGCAGUUAUAGUCUUCUCAUGAAAUCAAUGAAAUCAAUGUUGGACUCUAGAGGUU